GAUGGAGAGAGGAGAGAUGAGGAGGGAAGCAGAAGGCGCUCUGAGAGCAGUGAUGGUAAACAGACAGGAAGUAGCCUCACCGCAGACUCUCAGCAUGUUUGACGUCACAAAGGAAGCAAGUGUGUCAAAAGCCAGCCCCCAACUUCCUGCUUCUGUUCCUCUCUCACUGUCACAAUCUCUCUCAGCUGGACGAGAAGCUCCAAAACUCUCCGGCAACAGCCAGUGUUUUUCGGAGCAAAAUGAGGAGGAUUUCGGCAGUCAGCAAGACCCUGACAGCUUGACAGUAGCACCACCGGAAGAAGGAGAAGCAGAGGAGGAUCUAUUCGAGGAAGAGUACAUUUGCCCUUCCAAUUCUCCGUCUCCACCCAGCUCUCUUUCCCCAACUCCCUCACCGCCCCUGCCCCACUCUCUCGCUGCCAUGAGUCGGAUCUAUAACUUGAAGACUGUGGGCUCCAGAACCGCAGUGUGCAUCAGCGAAAGAAACUCGGAUGUCCCCACAUGCAGCAGAAAGGUAUUCCCAGAGGGUCGGUUCACUCCAUUAUCCCACUCAGUGACCCAAACUUCAGUGUGUUCACAAGAACGGGCAACUCUGGGGUCGGACAGGAUGGUGAGGGAUGGCCAGGCAGCACUAACCACAGAAACAGCGGUUCAGUCAGUACAGCGACAGGUGGAGCAACUGCAACUCAGAGAACAGGAAGCGAGGCACAGUUCCCAUGGGGAUGGAGAAACACAGUGUGGUCCAAAGAAAGAGAUUGGGGGAAAGAUAGCUCAGGGCCAGAAAAGACCGGACGCACAAACAGAGACGCAGAAACCCCCAACAUCCACCAACUCCAAAGCUUCUCCAUCCCGGCAGACAGGCUCACAAAGUAAACUUCCCCAACCCAAGUUGUUUACGAUUAAUACCAGGAACGUUCAUUCACCUGAAAACCUCCAAAAACCACUUGAACGAGCCAUUGCCCCAUCAUCACCCUUGUCUCCUUCCUCUGUUUCCAUCUCUCCCUCUGUAACUUCCUCUUCAUCUCAACCUUCUCCUCUCUUCUCCAUCCGGAGCGCCUCUGGUGGCCCAGGGAAGAGAGGGACCACUAUAACCAUCACCCCCAGAAGGCCAGCAGCAGGGAUCUCUGCUUUGCCAGCUCCAUCAGUUAGCCCAUCAACACCCCCAACUCCAGCUCCUGAGCCUGACACAGGUGAGGGACAUAAGAAGAGAUACCCCACAGCUGAGGAGAUUGAGGUGAUUGGCGGGUACCAGAACUUGGAGAACUCAUGCUUGGUGAAAAACAGAGGAACGCCGAAAGGGGAGAAGGUGCGUUUUGAUGAGUCUCAGCUGGAGCGUGUCUGUGAGUACCCGUCAGAGGACUCUGUGCUGGCCUCGCUGCCAGGCACUGAAGAAGAGCGGGGGAGUGACGGGAGAAAAGUGGAGGGAGAGAGUGACGGACAGGAGGAAGAGGAGGAGGAGGAACUCGUAGGAUUUGUAUCUGGUGGGUCCAAGAGCGUGGGGACAAGUACGGGGACGGCUCGAGUGCUCCGUGUGGACGAGUCGUGUCGUCGUUAGACGCCGUUCUUCUUGCCAACUUGUGGCAGCUGUUACAGCUGAAGCGGUUCGUGGAAAAACAGCUGUGUCUGAGGACAUUUCAGUUUGAAUUAACAGCUGUUUGCUGUAAAAGAUUUUAAAGUCAGAAUUUUUGUUUUCUUUUUUAAAGCAUUGAUUACAUAGUUUAUUAUACUUGAAUGAGAUUUCAUUACGUAUCAAAUCACUGUUGUGCUUUGAGAGAACUGAGCCAAAUUAUGUAAAAAUUAGUUAGUAUUUCGAUUUCUAAAGGCCUCUUCCUGCUGAUCCACAUGAGUAAAAUAUAUUACAUAGGCACAUUUCAGCUUUGUUGCUUUCGGCAGUAACAGUGUUGGUUUAAUAUGUUUUACUCGUGUGGAAAUUAUGUUUGAAUUGAGUGAAUUCACUGCAUCACUUUGUUCAGUUCUGCUGCUGUUUAGUAAAACCAUCUCCAUUACAGAUUCACUGAAACACAGAAGAGGUUAACAUACAAAGUGGAGAAUAUUUAUCACCCAAAUAAGCACAUCACAUACCACAGCAUUUCUGUAGCGCAGAGAAAACAUGCUUGUAUUGUGGGCUUUCAACAUGUCUGUAGUCAAACAGUUCUCUGUUUCUGGUUUGGCUCAUUUCCACCCCAGUUCAGCAGGGGCCUGCCCCGGAUCAUUCAUGUAUUGACCCCUGGGCAUAAAUGUUGGGCGGGCCCCUUCCUUUCAAACUUUUUUGGGUGAUGAGUGAAUUUUUCACGAAAUCACGGUAGGUUAUAUGAGGUUUCUGCGCACCACAAUGGUAGUGCCGUGUUGUGCAUAUUACCACUGAAUGUAUAUUUAUUCCAAUUAAAUGAAACGUUAGCAACAUUACAUAGACUAAUGAGAUCACAGAUUAACAUAAUCCCAACAUCCAAUGCAACUAAUGUGUGCAUCUGCUCUUGACAAGCACAUUUACCACAGUACAGACAUCAUUUAAAAUCUGACAGAUGAAACGUACUUAAUAAGGCAGAAGAAAGCGUCAAACUUGAAAAACCCAAACCUUUUCCAUUUAUAGCUUAUCUUUGAUGACUUCAUGCAUGAACAUAGACAGUUCACAGAUUAUUGACAACAGGGCAACAGGGACAAUGCAACUUUUUUUCUUUCACUCAGCCUGACAUUUUAUGGGCAACCUCAAACGUUGGGACAUGGGCAACCUCAAACGCUUUACAGAUCGACUAGGUACAGCUGUUGAAUUGCUGGAGCUUCAAACUUCAAAACACAUUCAGACGCUUGACCAAUGUAAAAAGUUGCUAAGCAGGGAUUGGGGAUGAAAAUUAGCAGACAUUUAGGAAGGACUGAGAGUGGAGUGUCAAGAUUAUAAUCGGGUUAUAGGUUUUCUCAUAAUUGCUCAUGGAGGCCUCCUAGUGGCUCAGGACCCUGGGCAUGCCAACCAUGAAUCCCACUAGAUGAUUGGGGCCUGCCGAGUGACUCUGCAAGAGAUUGUAUGUACAAUAGAUAUGCCAACAAAAAGAAACAGAAGUACCUCUCAACAAAGACUUUCAUAAAAGCAUUAAAGAAGUUUUCUAUGUAUAUUUUUACAUUGACAUCAUUAAAAGAGACAGCAGUAAUUUAAAGUCUAAUAUAACUGAUCUUAUUCAAGAAAUAGUGUGGAGAAAAGUGAUAAUCACUUUAAAAAAUAAUUAAAGUAAAGCCAUUUUGAAUUCAUGGAGUAAGUUCAGGUGUUACAUACAGAAGUGAAUAAACCAUAGGUUGGAAAGAAAUGACUAGGAAUACAAUUUAAAUUUUGCCAAAAUAAUUUUGAAAGCUGACUAAAGAUUACAUUUUAGAGCUGAUAUUGUACAAUCUGGAAUAAAAAAAAAUAUUUUUUUGUGAUUUUGCAUGGUUAAUAGAACAUUUUUCCUUUGUUUUUCCAAGCGAAUCCAUGAUGUGAUUGUAUAGACCCUAGGUUGACUUGGCAUGAAGUGACCCUUCCAUGAUGUGUGUAUUUGAUCCAUAAAUAUUCUUAAUCCACACAAAUUUAAGACUUUAGAUUUUUGUCUUUUUUCUUGGAUUUCUCAUUACCUUGUACUCGGCGCAGACUGAAGGCCGCGUCUGCAUGAAUCUGCACUGGAAAUGUGGGAAAAAGUCAGUCCUAUGGGUUUAUCUGAGGAUUAUUUAAAUGUUGCUUCUGCCUAUUUUAUGCUGAUUGAACAAUGCAUCAUACAAUUACAGAAGAAUGUUCAUUUCGCAUCGGUGUGCACUUUUUGUGGAAUAAUUGCUGUGGAGGAAAUGGGAAAUGUUCCAAUUGUACAGAGAAGUAUGUUUUAAAAAAUGAACUGUACAUAAACAAUUAAAUACACUGUUAUCGUCAUGAAAACUAACAUAAAUCUUCACAUUUCUUAGAAGGCAGUGGACCAGAAAGAGCUCUACAAUGUUGAGUUUAGAUUUUUGUACAUUAUGUUUAGAUUUGGAACAGUGACGCUCCUGUGUUCAACAUAUCGGUUGAUAGUUUUGUUUUGAUCUAAAUAAAAAUCUAUAUCAGAGUGAACGUUUAUAUUUGGGUGAAAUUACAUUUUUGUAUUUUAUCGUGGUUGAAGAAGCUGGCUUCAAAGAGAAACUUAAAUAAAGAAUAAUACGAGAUGGCA